ACUUCUUUUGUCAUAAUUAAUAUGAGAAAAUAUCAUAUAAUGGUCAUUUAUCCAAUAAACAUAGAUAAUAUUUGCAUACGUAUUAGGUUAGUAGAUUGUCUUGCAUAUAGAAACUUUUCUUACAAAUUUCAUUACCAUAUUAGUAGGAUCAAAAUCAGUGAGCAAUAACUAACUUUUUUUUGUGUGUGUUGGCAUGAUAUGGGUAACUAACUUCUAUGGCUAUAACGACUCCAGUUUCAGGGGAAAAAAAGAAACAUGUAUAGCUAACAAUGCGGGUUUUGACUUUUGACACCUAGCCGUGCAUCGACUGCAAAGUGUUAAAAACUUGAAUCGCGUCUCUUAAAUUUCCAAGCUUUUUCUUUUGGCAUUGUACAACGUUAAUUACCCACCCAACAUGUGUAAGCAGAUAAGAUUAACCCACAACAAGGGAGACGCCUCCACGUGUCAAUAAGACGACAAAACUUUCUCUGGUUGAGUGGAUCACCCCUUUCGGAGGUCAGGAAGGAACUGGUCCAAGGAGGGUUUUUGGCUCUCCUCUUCUGCUUUAUUAUGCCGUGUAUAGUAGCCGGUAAAUCCCAUCGCCAGUUCCUCCUUCUGUGUUUUUGGGUUUUGAGUUUAACCAAGAGAGCGAGAGAAUAUUAAUUUUAAUAAUAAAUAGAAGGAAAAAAAAAGAAAAAGAAGGAAAGCCCAUUGGGUGGUUUUGCAGGGAGGUUUCAUUUGAUGAUCAUCAUCCACACAGGAUUCAGAUAUACAAACUAACCCUUGUCCUUUUUCCUUCCUUUGCUUAUUCUCUGUCGUUCCUCACUCUCUUCUCAAUGUCCUUCCCUGUCGAAAAGAAAAAGGUUCGAUUUUUAAUUUGAAAAAUUGUAGUUGGUUGGUGGUUUCUUCAUUCAUUCAAUUCAGAUGCCGUCCUUGUGAGAUUUUUGGCAGGUGGGUAUGUCUUUCUUCUACUUUUGUUUUGCCUAGGCUUGUCUGAAGUUGAAACUGUCUGAAAAAAGAAAAUUGUUCCCUUUUGCUUUGCUUUUUCUGGAGGUAGGGGAUCAAUCAAUCAUUUACCAAUUUGAUCUGGGUCUGGUUUGAAAAAUUGUUUCCUCCUUUUGGUACCACGAAAAGUUAGUUUCUUUUCUAUCACCAUUCUUUAUCUCCUUUCCCCUUGUGUGGAAUGAUUGAUAGAUCAAUAAUGUGAAGAAACCAUGUAGCUCUCUCUCUCUCUCCUUCCCUGCUCCCACACUCUCCAGUCUCUAAUCUCUGAUGAAUGGUUUGAAGGUUUCUUUUGUCAAUUUUGUGGUAUUACUUCUCGACAGUGGAAUGGUUUUUGUUGGGGUUUUUGGGAUCUGACAAAUUUACUCAGUAUUAUAGUAUUUGUCUGAGAUCUUAAUUAUGUUACAGUAUUAGGUUCCUCUCUGACUGUUUUUUUCCCCUUCCCCUCUUUGUUAAUUUAUUGUUUCUCUUUCAUUUGGUUUGUUAUUGUGUCAGAUUUUUCUAUUUUAUAAACGGGAGGAGUGAUUAUUGUCUCAUGUGGAUUGUAUUCUAUGCUGGAGCUUGCAGGUUUGAAGGCUGGUGCUUUUCUUUGCUGGUUUCGAAAGGCUUCAUCAAAAGUUUCUGAUUGCAUAUAUGGGCUGAAGAAAAGCUGUUGUAUGUUCCGCCUUUUAAGUUUAAGCUUGAUUCCAAUUCGCUCGCUGCCACCAAUUCAUCUAUCUUUGAAACCCUUUUCCGUUCUCUCUUUGGGUGCCUUUGGUUGAUUAUGAAUGUGUGCAUACAUGCUCGAAUUUGCAUGUCAUACUCUCCUGAUAAUUGAUGAUGCUAAUUCACCCAUCUCUGACAAAAAGUUAGUUGUGGUAGUUCCUGGUUAAAGUGAACUUAUGCUAAUUCACCAAUCUCUCAUCAUCAAUACAUCCUUAAAAUUUUGGAAUUAAUGCCACGUAUGAAUAUGUUCUAUACUAUUAGUUGGAGUUACUGACCACAAGCCGUACAUUUUGGUUUUGCAGACGGUUGGUUAGACAGUAAAGCUGGUUUUGUUUUGAUUAAUGAAUUCCUUUCACUAUGAAUGUGUAAGAUAUGUCAGUGGAAAGGAGGCUGGAAUAUGGUUUCGGUGGCUACAGGGUCCCUGUGGUUCCUCGUGCUGCUCGAUCAUAUAGGGGCAGAGGAUUGACCAGGAAGAAAGGAGAUAAAGAGGGCGAGAUACGGGCAUUUGAAAUCUUAGCAAGUGUAGCUGGUAAAAUAUUGCAGGAUGGUGAAGUUUCUUCUGCUGCUUCUGUAAAGGAUACAACAAGUAAACUGUGUCUUCAAGGUAAUGGUGAUGAAGAAACAGAAUUGUCUAAACCAGACUCUUCUGUUUGUGGUGGGAAAACUGAUCCUUCAGGCUCGGAGACUGGUUUGAAUCAAGGCUAUCCAUUCCAUGACUUCUUAUCACCACCUCAGGCGACUUCUUCUAGUCACAAGGGAAGCUCAACUUCUUCCGAUCACUUGGAGAAGAAGAUACAUGAAGAUGCUGCUGAUGAUAAUUUGUCUCCCAAGGGAUGGGAAAUGUAUCAAGGCCAAAGGGAGAGCCUAGUAGCUCAGGUGAAGCCUGAUGAAGUUGAGUGCAAAGUCAAAAGUGCUGAAAGUGGAACUUCGCCGCCUGUUCAAGUUGAUUUUGAGGACAAGAUGGAAAUCGACAUGAACAUUCCUGCACGGGCUAGUCCCGAGAACAAUAAUGUGAAGCCAUCAUCGUCAUUAUUCAAGAACUGCAUUGGUGGCUUAGGUUGUUUCUCUGGACGUUCUGCUGAAACUAAAGUAGAAGUCACUAGAGAUGAUGAUGACGAAAAUGCUAGUGGGUGCUCUCAAGAUGUGCAGUCAUAUAAACAGCAACAUAUAUCCUGUAAUGGAGUUCAGAAACCCAGGAACUCAUCAUCAGCAUCUGUACUGAAGCAUUGGAGGGUAACAGCUGCUAACUCCAAGGUCGGGGGAUUUUUCAGAACUGAUGGGAAGGCAUCAACAACCAAAGCAACUUACAAUAAUAGUGGGAAGUCUUCUUCAAAUAAUCAGCAAAAAACUCAGAAAGUUAUACCUUUCAAGAAACGGAAGUUCUUUGCAUGUGAUGGUGCAUCUGUGUGUGAUGACUUAUUUACUUCUCCUAACAAGAGAACCAAUGAUGACAACAGCUGCGGCUCAGGAACAUCAUCUUCAGUAUCAGGCCAACAUACACCUCCAAACUCACGAGACUGUAAUGUCAAGUUUAGCAUCAAAUCAUUCAAGGUUCCUGAGCUCUUCAUCGAGAUUCCUGCGACAGCAACUGUUGGCUCAUUGAAGAGGACGGUAAUGGAGGCGGUCACUGCUAUCCUUGGUGAUGGACUACACGUUGGCAUCCUGGUGCAAGGAAAGAAGGUUAGAGAUGACAACAAAACCUUGCUCCAGACUGGGAUUUCUCAAGAUGACAAGCACCAUGGUUUGGGUUUCAUAUUGGAGCCCAGGCAACAUGUUCAAAUAGCUUCAUCAUCACCACCUUCCUGUGCUCAGACGCCCUCCUUCUUAAUCAGCCGUUCUCCUGCUGCUGGUGGCCUAUCCAGGCAUACAUCUCUGAAGCUACAAGCUGGGGGAUCAAGUGGUGUUUCUCCAAUUGUUUCCACAGACAUGGGAUUUGUUGGGAGGAGUGGUGGCGGAAGUGGUGAUUCAGGCAGAGCUAUUGUCCCUCUUGUUGAUGAGCGAGCGUCUGUACCUGAAUCAAAAGCUCUGGUGACAGUUCCAUCAAUUAGAAUGGAGGCAAUGGCAAUGGUGCCCUUCCACAGGAAAUCCGGUCAGCCUGAGCUUGGUCAGCGCCGGAUGAGAAGACCCUUCUCGGUCUCAGAGGUGGAAGCACUUGUUCAGGCUGUUGAAAAACUUGGAACUGGAAGGUGGCGUGAUGUCAAGUUGCGUGCUUUUGAUAACGUGCACCAUCGAACUUACGUGGAUUUAAAGGAUAAGUGGAAGACAUUGGUACAUACAGCAAGGAUAUCCCCACAGCAAAGAAGAGGGGAGCCUGUUCCACAAGAACUUCUGGACCGAGUUCUGGCCGCCCAUGCUUACUGGUCGCAGCAGCAGGCCAAACAGCAAGCUAAAGCUACUUCUUGAUGUGAAGAGCCCCAUACAGGAUAAGGGGUGCUGUUGUCAAGUUCAUGGUUGAUUGAAAAUUAGAAAUAUUAUAGAAAGUAAACAUAAAACUCUUUGUAGAUUAAGAUAUGGUUUUGUUUAUAGGGGGUUCAUUUUUUUGUUGGCUUUGCUAACUUAACCCCAGGCUGCCCCUUGAAGGAGGAGGUUUGGACCAUUUGUAGAUUGAAUUUGUAUUCAUGACAGCAAAGCUUUGUUCCUUUUUUUGUUGAUUUUUUGCAAACUGCAGCAAACACUUUGUUCAGUUUUUGCUCCCUCUGUGAAUAAGAAGGGAAAGCGCUAGUUUUUUUUUUUUUUUUUUUGUUUAAUGUCUGAGAAAUUGGUGCUGUAACGAAUUGUUCUUCCUUUGCAACUUUCUGAUAGUUUGAGGGUUGUAAUAAUUGGAUGAUAGAGAAACAAAUAGAUAGAAAAGGGACUGAAGUGUAAGAGACUAGGAGUCUAGGAUGAGUAUAAAUAAUACCACGUCAACCAUUUGUAACGGCUAUGAACACGAAUAACAAACUUUCUCUCUCUCCUCUGUUUCCUUUCUUUUUUAUGCCUUCCUGUUCUAGCAACUUUGGUUAAACACUUAACUACUGAUCGCCAUUUCCAGAUAUUCGUCUAGAUUCAUGGAUCCUCUAAAGUCGGGAGGUUACAAUUUGGUAUCAGAGCUUUUUCUCGACAAAAUAAAAUGAGACAAAAAAGAAGAAGACACGAUUAUUCUCAUUCACAAAUCGCGUAUUAACUGUGUAAACAUGAUUUGAAGAGGUUAGAGUGCAAAUGAAUCCUCACACCAUCACCAUGGAUGAGCAGACUAUGACAAGCAAUUCACAGUUAAUAAAGCUCAAUUGCAUGAAUUGACCACACACUACAAUUGGCGAAUUUCAAUACUCUCCUCGAUGGAAUUGAUGGCCAAUUCGAUGAAGUCCUGUGAAUAUCGAACCAUAAUCAUAAAAUGAAAAUCAACAGUUCCGAUUCGUCAAAAUUAUGCAAACAAUAGGUGUGAACGCUGGCAUAUGCUGCUAGUCUUUAGGUUUAGAAAUAGGAUUAUAAAUUGAGGGUCAUAUC